CUUGAUGACUACGAUGACUCGCGCGUUAUCGAUGUGAAUGAGGCUGCUGGACGUGCUAUCCGAGUCGAUCCCACGAUGCGGGAACUGUGGGAGAGGAUGUUUGGGGAGAAGGAGACGCAAGACAUGAGUACGGAGAGCACGCGCUACCUACCCUUUGCUUCCGAGCUGGAUUGGCGUAUUGCAUUAUGGGCCGUGAAGGAAGAUGUUUCGCAGGGUGCUUUCAAUCGUCUUCUUGCGAUACCAGGGGUCUACGAGCGACUGGGUCUGUCGUUCAAGAAUACCUACCACAUGCACAAGACCAUCGAUAAACUCGAUAAGCGCGCUGGAGAAUGGCAUACCGAGCGCAUGCGUUACCCUGAUACACCGGAUGAAGAACAUGUGCUGUAUUUUCGCGAGCCACUCGAGGCGAUCCGGAGUCUCUGGGGCGACCCCACCCUUGCUCAACAUCUUGUCUACCGACCAUCGCAGGUCUUCGCAGAUGCGACUCGCGCUGACCGGGUCUACUCUGAGAUGUGGACUGGCAAGUGG